CUCUGACCAACAACGCCCACGCAUUCCAAGUACUACGAAGAACUGGUCACUCCUGACAGGAUCACAACCGGGUUGAUGGAUAUCAUACUCAUCUAAGCAUCACCGCAGCUGGAGACAACACUGUAUCGGCCGCACGACUUCUGAACGAAUCAUAGUCAUGUCUGCGUAUAAUUACGUUGACACGCCAAAUCAGAAUUUGGUUUGCUGCAUCUGUCGGUCGGCAUUCGUUGACCCGUGCACCACUCGGACAUGCUGCCAUACCUUUUGCUACGAAUGCAUAGCUCGGGCGAUUGCCAUAUCCGCCCAGUGUCCCGUAGAUCGCUGCUCCCUCAGCAUCCGCGACCUUGCUCCAGCCGAUCCCUUAAUCCGUAACCUCGUGGAUGAGCUCGUCGUGGAGUGCCCGCAUAAGGACGAGGGAUGUUCCCACACAUGCCAGCGAAUGCUACUCCCCGUGCAUUUGAAAGACUCCUGCAAGUACGUUGAGGUACCGUGUCCUGAUGGCAAGUGCAGCAAAGGGAUACUCCGUAGGGAUCUCGCAUCGCACACACAUGCCCAGGACAGCUCGGCAACAGGGGACGCGGGGCGAGCUUCUGAAGCAGACUUCGCCACCCAGGGAUCCUCUCAGAAUUCAGUGGAGUCAUCAGGAGCCGGCCUAGUUGACAAUGCGUCGAUAUCCGAUGGCGUUUCUCUAGCAUCUCGAAAGGACACAAGUUCGUCUCACGAAGCUAUCGAGGCGGAGAAUGCCAGACUCCGUCUCCGACUCUCGGCCGUCGAAGGCGUCGUGAACACGUUACGAUUCGAACUACAGACUGUCCGACGUGCUCUGGGUCCAUGGUACAGCGUUGAGGAUAGCGAUCAACGACGUGGAUGGGGUAGCACCCUUCAGCACCAGGGUCGCACCGCCGGGGACCCUACGUCCUCCACGCCUCUUAGUGUCGACCCGUCGGCCAUGUCAUCAAUCCGAGACGAGAACGCAUCAGCCACAUCUCCAUCCGCACCUCCUCAGGCGACUUCACCAGUCAUCCCCACAACCUCCGAGCUUGCAGCCCGUAGCGAUCUUUCAUCUUACUUCCCUCCUGCAGAGGAUGAAGACGUCUAUUCGCCCGACUUCAUCCGCGCACACAAACUCCGGGAGCAGGCCCCAGUCAAUCUCGCGAUCCUUCUUACCCUUCGGCGACCCACCGCCCGCAUCUCUCAGGCACGCAGCGCAUUCCUUUUCGCAGUCUCAAUCGCCUCGGGUGGCCUGAGCCACCCUUACCCGCCGCACACGUUCAGUCCUGCGGCGUACCCCUCCGUCUCUGCGCCGCCGCAUCCUGACCCGGGAGUGAUCUCCAUCCCGCCGCUCGACCCGAGCGUGCCUCUCCCGAAUACGCUUGCGUCCCUACACGGCUCUAUCGCCUCGCUCGCGGGUGCGCUCGGUGCUUUAGCGACUACGCGUGCGCAGGACGCGCUGUACACUGGCGAGGAGCUGCGGAGUAUGCGGGCGGGCAUACACGGUGUGCGCAUGCAGCUGCAUGAUGUGCUCACUGCCCAAGUCGCAUCGCGGGACACGUCGACACAACCGCUCAACGGGAGCGUCGGCGGUACCAUGUCAGAUAGUGUGGGACCAGGAGGCGUCCCUUUGCCUGGAGGUCUUCUACAUGGACGGCAUAUGGUCCUCGCCCCUUCGGAGCACCUGCUUUCCCGCAUAUGCCGGGAGGCUUUACGAAGCUUUGAGAGAAGAAUUAAAUAAGCAGAAGGAUAGAUAUCAGACUCGGACGUGCUCUUUAACGUCACAGUAUGGUAGUAAAGGGUAGUAAGUGAGACCUCGGUAGUGUCGGACAUGCAGCGAAUCGCAGCUAUGUACUCGUCAGUAAUGGUCAGAGUCUGUCCCGCGUACGCAGGGCGAGUUCCUUGGAAGCAAUUAGAACAAUUCACUGGACUGCGCGGAUUCGUAUUACUUUACCUACCAAUGACCACCUACACUUGCUUUCAGCCAUCCUGAUGAACACAGGGCAGAGCUGCACGUCACCUCAAUCA